GACAGCAAAAAUUAUAAACAGGAAUUCAUGAUGGCGGCUGACAGUGACCCCGAGUCAGAGGUCUUCGAGAUCACGGAUUUUACCACCGCGUCAGAGUGGGAGAGGUUUGUGUCCAGAGUAGAAGAGGUUCUGAAUGACUGGAAGCUGAUUGGGAACAAUUCAAGCAAACCACCAGAGAAGGGUGAAUACACCAGUGGUACCUGGGAGGAGAAGACCCAGGAUAUCAAUUUUGCUGAUUUUAAAUUCUCCAUAACGCACCACUGCCUGAAGCAGGACUCUGAGGAGGGCGAGGGGAAGGAGGAACCUGAGGAGGAUGCCUUCCCCACAGCCAUGCAGGACCUGCUCUGUAUGAACAAUGACUUCCCUCCCAGGGCCCACUGCCUCGUCAGAUGGUAUGGCAUGCGUGAGUUUGUGGUCAUCUCCCCCGGGGCCAACUGUGAGGCGGUCAUCAGUGAGUCCAAGUGCAACCUGCUACUCAGCUCCAUCUCCAUCUCUCUGGCCAACACAGGCUGCCAGGUACCCAUGUUUGUGCAGAUCCAGCAGAAGUGGAGGAGGAUGUACCAUGGGGAGUGCCAGGGCCUGGGGGUGCGUACUGACUUUGAGAUGGUCCAUCUCCGCAAGGUGCCCAGCCAAUACAACCAUCUCUCAGGCCUGCUGGACAUCUUCAAGUCCAAAAUAGGUUGUCCCCUGACUCCUCUGCCUCCCAUCAACAUUGCUAUCCGCUUCACGUAUGUCCUGCAGGACUGGCAGCAGUACUCCUGGCCUCAGCAGCCCCCUGACUUCGACGCUCUCCUCGGAGGUGAGGUGGGAGGGGUGGAGUUCGGGAAGCUUCCGUUUGGAGCGUGUGAGGAUCCAAUCAGUGAGCUUCACCUAGCCACCACCUGGCCCCACCUGACAGAAGGCAUUGUGGUGGAUAACGAUGUGUACUCUGACCUGGACCCGCUCCAGGCCCCUCAUUGGUCAGUCCGAGUAAGGAAAGCAGACAGCCCCACGUGUUUGCUCGGUGACUUCCUGACAGAGUUCUUCAAGAUGUGCUCUAAGAAGGAGACAACAGAGGAGAUCCUGGGACGGGGUCCAGUUGAGGAGGAAGGCAAAGAUGACAUCAGCCAUGCCCUGUCUAAGUUGACAGAGCCCACGGCCGUGCCCAUCCCCAAGCUUUCUGUCUCUAACAUGGUGCACAGCGCCCGCAAACGCAUCCGCCGCCACCGCCGCGGCGCCGAAUCACCGCUCAGCAACGAUGUGCUCAACUCCAUACUGCUGUAUCUCUUCCCAGAUGCUGCCAUAGACAAGUCAUCAUCAGAGAACAGCGAGAUCAAGGCUUCUCAAUUGAAUACUGAUGGGAAACCAGAAGAGAAGGAUUCUGACGACUAUAACCUGUACAACCAGCUCAAGUCUGCUCCUAGUGACAGUCUGACGUACCGCCUGGCUCUGUGUGUGUGUCUGGUUAACUUCUACCAUGGAGGGGUUAGGGCCGUGGCUCACCUCUGGCAGGAGUUUGUCCUGGAGAUGAGAUACCGCUGGGAGAACAACUACCUCGUCUAUGGACUGGCCAGUGGUCCUCCAGACCUUCGCUGCUGUCUCCUCCACCAGAAACUCCAGAUGCUCAACUGCUGCAUCGAGAGGAAGAGGGCGAGGGAUGACGGGAGGAAGACUAUUGAGGGAGGGAAGGCGAGAGAGAGAGAGAGGGAGAGGAAGGUGGCAGGGUCGACCGGGACUGAGAACGGGCGCUUGGGGCCGGAGAGUGCAGCGACGGCAGAGGGGGGCAGAGAGGUGUCUCCUGGGAAGUCGUGGGACUCGUGGAGUGACAGCGAGGGCGAGGACGAGUUCUUUGAGUGCCUGAGCGACACGGAGGAGAUGAAGGAUGGUGCGGCCACAGACGGAGAGAAGGGCGGGGCCAAGGUGGCCAAGCCAGAGGGUCGGCUCCACCCCCACGGGAAGUUGACCCUGCUCAACUCCCAGGAACCCCUGUACAUCCCUGUUACUCAGGAGCCAGCGCCCAUGACAGAAGACCUUCUAGAGGAGCAGUCGGAGGUAUUGGCCAAACUGGGCACGUCAGCCGAGGGUGCCCACCUCCGCGCCCGCAUGCAGAGUGCCUGUCUGCUCUCAGACAUGGAGUCUUUUAAGGCGGCGAACCCUGGUUGUACCCUGGAGGACUUUGUGAGGUGGUACUCUCCCAGGGACUACGUUGAGGAGGAGGUGGUGGACGAGAUCGGAGACACGGUGGUCAGGGGCGACCUGAGUGCCAGGAUGAAGAUCCCGGGAAACAUGUGGAUGGAGGCGUGGGCCACUGCCAAGACUACCCCCGCUCGCAGACAGAGACGCCUGUUUGACGACACCAAGGAGGCUGAGAAGGUGCUGCACUACUUGGCGGUACAGAAGCCAGCAGACCUGUCCCGCCAUCUCCUGCCCUGCAUCCUCCACGCUGCCAUCCUCAAGGAGAAGGAGGAGGAGUCAGUAGAGGACAUCCUAUCUGCUAGAAAGGCCAUCCAGCAGGCCACCUCUCAUGCCAGCAAGGUGCUGCGCCACCCAAGCCCAGACUACAAGAAACUGGAGGACGUGAUUACCCAGCUGAUAGCGGUGGAGACGGUCAUUGCCCGCUCCCGCUCUCUGAAGUCCAAGUUUGGCAUCGGGAAGGCAGAGCAGAGUGACGACGCAGAGGAUCUGGAGAGGUUUGUGAACUCUCUGCUAGAGGAGCCUGAGGUGUAUGUGAUCGGAGCAGGACGCGGCCCAGCCGGCAGCAUCAUCCACAAGCUGUUUGUCAGCGCUCAGAGGCUCGCUGACUACAGCAGUGAUGAGGCUGCCCUAUUGGCUCCAUUGGAUGAAGACACGGGACGUGGGGGUGGAGCUGAUGACAAAAAGCCAAUGGGAGGUGCCAGUGUGCCAGACUUCCCUCCCCCUGCAGGGCGUGAGAUCCUGCUACGUACGUGUGUCCCGCGGCCCGCGCCCUACUCCAAGGCCCUCCCCCAACGUCUCUUCUGUGUCCUGAUGAGAGAAGACUUCAGGCUGGCUGGGGCCUUCUCAUCCGACUCCUCCUUCUUCUGAGAGAGAGGGAGAGCGAGAAAGAGAGAGAGAGAGAAAGAAGGAAAUAGAGAGAGAGAGAGAGGGGCUAGUCUGGAAGAUGAACCAGGGAGUGUUGGUGGGAGGUUAGGAUGGCAUUUGGGAUCUCUGGUCAGUGACUCAAGCAAGGCUGUGUGUGCUGCAUCCCAUUAUGGGUGGAGCUAUGGGCGAAUCUAUGGUUGUUCCAAAGCCACAUGACGGAAAGCUCCACCCAUCUCGGGCUCUGGCACCAUCUCAAGUGUCUCCUGGGAGGAUCAGAGAAACAGAACGGUGGGCUGGCUGGCAGCCCUUUCUUAUGACAUCAUCACACUGUGCGAUGACUCAUAUCAGACUGUUCGUUGGUUCCCGAAGGGCUACUGUCUAUGCUGGUUUAAGUCUAUCCCCCCCAUUGAGGUAAUUGUAGUUCAGUCAGUUUGGGCCUGAUCGUCUGAUAUCUGUGUUGUGAAAAUUUUAACUUAUUUGGAAUCUCUUUAAUUGUUUACUUUCCUUAAUGUCCUGAUUUAGUUAUUGUUAAUUUCAUUGUUGAUUUGGACUAUUUGUUGAUUUUGACUUUUCAGUUAUUUGGGGUUUAAAUGCAAAAUAGACUGUACUCAACUGGGAACUGAGCUUACUAUGACUGUUGUGUAGUAAAAUAGAUCUCAUGUUUUUUGUUGCGUAGCUCUGACAAAAAAUAUACUAGGGGAAAAUAAAUGUACCCUCAUGUGAAAAAAAAAAAAAAUGUGGGGGGGUAAGAAUAUUCACCUUGCCCCAUCUCCCUGAGUGGUAAUAUAUUAGGAUGCUAACUUGCAUAUCAUUCCCUGCCACUUGAUUGUGAUCGUUUGUGGCUUUCCAGUGUUGCCCAAUCAGUCAUUGGUUGAAAGCUAUCAUCUCUUAGGUGCUCACAAUGCUCUGUCUGUUCUGUAGCCCCAGACACUCUCACGCUGCCCAUUGCGCUCGUACUGUAUGCAGUAAUUAGUCACCACCUCUUAAAGCAUUUCUCACUAUAAUAAUGCUUAUUGAUAUACAUGCAAUCACCGUAGGUUUUCCCUUGUCACCAAAAUGUAUUGAAUCCUGGUUGAAAGUGCAAUUACAUAUUGUAAAGACGUAGCCUUAAAUAUAGCAGCAGAGAGACAGGUGUCCUAGUUAAUGUUGUUAGUGCUGUUUCAAUGAAGAAGGAUGUUAAGUGCUGUUAAUUGUUAAAUUGCUGAGAAAUUUUACUUAAGUCAAUGCAGACAACUUUUCUACAUUGUCAGUAUUUGACUGAGGGGGUGGAUUCAAACUGUCGAGCUAGCCAAAGUCUGUACAUGUCAAGUGAGUGUUGGUUGUAAAUGUCUCCUCGUUUAGUCCUCUUACAUUGGUAAAAAAAUAAACAUUUUAAUUCGACACUAAAAUGUAUAAUAUUGGUAUGUGUUAUUGGUAUGUUAUAACUACUUAACAUUUAAGUGCACUUAUUUUCUUUAAUUGCGAUUAAUCACAUUGUCUGAAAGCGUUCAAAAUACACUGAAAACAUCCAAAAUACAUAAUCUACUGUAUACAGCUAAAAACAACAAUGAGAUGUCAAAACAAGUUGACAUUGAAGGUAAAGAAAGUGUUCUUUAUCAAUUUACCAAAUUUACUUUGGGCAAAAUCAAGACGUCAAUAUUCUUGUAAUUAUUUUUGUAUAAAAAUUCUUAAAGGGUAGGUAGCAUAAACGUAACAUACUGUAUGGAAUUGCAUUAGUAUACACAUCAAAAGUCCCAAUGCAAAGUUACACCUCACUUUUCUAAAGUUUUUAUUACAUCAGCAUUCCGAAGAAUGACGAAAGUCAUGUCGGAAAAUGUUUUUCCGGGUUGUGGUGUAAUAUGGAGGACCCGGCAAGUCAGCCUAUUCCCUAUAAUGUAAACUCCAACAGAAAUUACUUCAAAUGUAUAACUUAAAAUUAAACCAAAUCAUUUGCA